CUCAUGUUUCUGGCUUGGGUCGAAGAGCCACAUCUGAUACAAUGAGCGGUGUCAUUGACUAGGGCAGGCCUCUAUCAUCCCAUUCUGAUCAUAGGACCAAUAUCGCUCCCUAUUACAUAGGGAAGGAUUGAAAGACUCCGGGGGAACAUGGGUUCGUGGUAGAGUGACACGGCGGAGGAUCUAUCUAUAGAAAGUGUUCCGUGCGUGGCUGGGUUCCUACUAGCUUGCAAUCCCCUUUCUUCGUCGUCUAACCUAUCUACAGCUUGCUCAUCCCGCUUUAUGAGUUUCGUAAUCGUUCUGGCCCCACUCCGUUUCCGAACUCUCUCUAUACUUGCGUUCUUUUUGCUCGUAUAUGUCAUGAUCCAAAAUCACACAGCGUUUGGUCCUACGAGGCAAUACCAUCUUAUUUACUGGAAUUUAUAUUAUUUGUAGAGGUAGGUGGACAAUGUUUUUCUUCCCUUAAGCUAAAGUCCCGUCAUUCACCAACUUGUAGGUUCUAAAUCAUGGGAUUAGGUGAAAAAGUCCUGCGCAAGAAAGCAAGGAAACUUGAAUUAAAGGAAUUACAAAAGAAUAGUGUCACCCCGGGAUGUAUAUCUCAAUUUGAUGAACUACUUUAUGAUGUUUAUGUCACCCGCCUUCCAAAAUCAAGAGACUAUAACUAUCGAAGAGAUUUGGUUCGUAUAUUCAACGAGAUAGCAAAGGAAAUAUAUGGCAAAUCCGAUAACCUUCCUCUUGUGGAGGAAUUCGGCUCUUUCUUAAUGGAUAUCUUCAGUGCUAAAAGUGAUCUUGAUUUGUCUGUUAAUUUCUGUGACAAUGUAGUUCAGUUCCCUCGAGAGAAGAAGGUUCAAACUCUUCGAAAGUUUGCGAAAAAGUUAUAUGCGCUUCAAAGGCAAGGACAUGUUUCUGGUGUCCGUCCUAUCACUUCCGCUAAGGUGCCUAUUUUAAAAGUCGUCGACUGUGGAACUGGUAUUGAGUGUGAUAUAUCAGUCGAAAACAGGGAUGGAAUUGUGAAAUCCAAGAUUGUUCGUAUGGUUUCUUCAAUUGAUAAAAGGUUUCAAAAGCUGAGUUUUUUGAUGAAAGCUUGGGCAAAAGCACAGGGUAUUAACAGUUCAAAAGACAGAACUCUGAAUUCUCUAUCCAUAAUAUCAUUAGUUGCUUUUCAUCUACAGACUCGAGAUCCUCCGAUAUUACCUCCAUUUUCUGUCAUGUUGGGAGAUGGGACUCACCCUGCAAAAGUGGAACAAAUAGUCCACAACUUUUCAAACUAUGGAAAAAGGAAUAAAGAAACCUUGGCCGAGCUCUUUGCUAGUCUGUUAAUAAAGUUCUUGUUCCUGUUGCAGCUAGCAUCGGUUGAAACGCUUUGGCCCAAAGGUCUUUGUGUAAGCACCUAUGAAGGAUCUUGGAUAUCUAAAACAUGGGAUUCUAAAGAUGGCUGUAUAAGUGUUGAAGAUUUCACAGAUCGUUCUCAAAACGUUGCAAGAGCAGUAGGAUCAACCCAAAUGAAAAAAAUAUACAAGUGCAUCCAUGUUUCUAUUUGGCAUGUUUUGUCCUUCAUGAAAGGUAAGAUUCAAGUUUCCAAAUUAAGGGAAUGUUUGUUUGGUCCAGAUCCUAUACCUAAUCUAGUGGGCAAAGGUAAUACAAAUUUUAACAAAAAUGUGGUGGAGCCUCGUAUUCCCAUCGACUCUAUCCAGACAAAAAAGAUGCGACGUACAGAUGGUUGGGAAGGAAUAAAGCAGAUGAGAGAGGUGCAAUCUGUUGAAGGUUGGGGAGGAGGAACUCAUGCAAAAGGUUGGGGAGGAGCACAAACAGAAGGUUGGAAAGGAAUACAUGCCAAAGGUUGGGAAAAGACACGAACUGAAGGUUGGGGAGGAACACAUACAAAAGGUUGGGGAGGAGCACAGACAGAAGGUUGGAAAGGAAUACAUGCCAAAGGUUGGGUAAAUGCAGGAACUGAAGGUUGGGGAGGAACACAUACAAAAAGCUGGGGAGGUACACAUACAAAAAGCUGGGGAGGAAUACAUGCCGAAGGUUGGGAAAAGACAGGAACUGAAGGUUGGGGAGGAACACAUACAAAAAGCUGGGGAGGAACAUAUACCAAAUGUUGGGAAGAAAAACAGCAAUAUACUUCCCUCUACUGUAUCGGAACAAAAACGAUGAGACCUAAAGUUAGUUGGGGAGGUGCAUGGCAAGCUAUUCCGCUCGACCCUACCCAGGCAGAAGAGAUUCGAUCUGCAGAAGGUUGGGAAGCAAAAUAACAAGCUAAUUGUGUGACUUCAAGCAAUGGAAAUCUAUUCUCAAGUCCUAUAGUUCCUUGUAUUAUUCAAUUGGCUCCUAGUUAAUGAGGCUUCUUGUUAUCCUACAACACUUGCACCCAUUCCUUCCCAUAACCCACUAGUAGGUUUUAGAUGUUCAGGUGGUGGUCCUCAGCAACCAUCUUUUGUCCCAAUGCAGAACUCACUGGCUUUUGAUGAUGGGUCAUGUAAUAUGAAUCAGGUGGUUCCAAUGCCUCAAGUUGGAUGGAUGCAUGCAAAACAUGCCCAACCUAGUGUUAGGUGAAACUAGUAGUUGUAGCAAUCACUACUGUACAAUUGGUAGGCUCCUUUUUGGUAUUUAUUUUGCCUCUCAGCUUCUUCCUCUUUGGCUCUUCUAAGUGGCUUCUUAUGAAUGAGUCUUUUGUAUAUGGUCAGUCUGACUCUCUUCUAAGUGGCUUCUUAUAAAGUCUUUUGCAUAUGGCCAGUCUGACUCUUCUAAGUGGCUUCUUAUGAAUCAGUCUUUUGUACAUGGCCAGGCUGACUCACAGCCACUGUGGGGAUUCAUGUAUACUGUCAAUUAGGAAGUGAAAAUUACACUUGCUAGUGGAAAUGGUGGAAUACUGUUUGUUUACUUUUUGAAUUUAUUUGUUGUCUUA